AUGAGGAAGAAUUUAAAGAGUGAAGAGAUGGUUAUCACAAUUUUGGAACCUGUGAAGAAUGUAAUCAGCCUAAUACUAGUAAAAAUUGAUGUCAUUCUUGUAAUGCUAAACAUUUUCAGGAAGGCUUUGGUAAAUGAACUAGUGAAGUUUACUGAAAUUGAAAAAGUAAAAGAGUUAGAAACUGUUAGUUCUGAACUUCAAACUUUAUAUCUAAAACAAGAGAAACUAAACAAAUCCAAGUUCAAACAGUUAACUAACAAAGGCAAAAUAAAGCAAAUAGAGGAAAAAAUAGUUGAUUAUUCAUCUCAAAUAGAGAAAUUAAAUAAAGAAAUAGAAGAAAGAAAAAUUGAACCUAUUGCUGAGGGAGGUUUUGGUAAGGUUUAUAAAGCCGAAUGA